AUGGAAGAAGUUCAGUCCAAGAAGACAAGUGGUGCAGAGGAGGCUCAGCAAAAGGGCCAACAGGUCGUGGGGUCCACCCAGAAGUGGGGGGAGCAGAUGAAUCCGGAGCCUCAGCAGACCAAAACCCCAGCAGAGAAGGACUCGACAGAAAGUUCAACAAUCACACCCUACGUGGAUCCAACUACCCUUCAAGACUCCUUGAAACGUCUGAGCUCAAACCUUAAUAACCUGAGACAAAUUCUGAUGUCAGGCUCAUCCACAACACUCAAAGUGGAUCCCACUGCCCUCUGGGACUCCUUACAACUACUGAGCUCAGACCUUGGAAAUCUGAGACAAAUUCUGAUGUCAGGCUCGGGAUUCACAAGCUACAUGAUUCCCACUACCAUCAAAGGCUCGUUACGACUACUGAACUCAAGGCUUGAAAAGCUGAGACAAAUUCUGAUGUCAGGUUCAACAAUAACACGCUACAUGGAUCCAACUACCAUCCAAGACUCCUUACAACUACUGAGCUCAAUGCUUGAAAAUCUGAGAGAAAUUCUGAUGUUAGGCUCAUCAAUCACACCCUCCGUGUAUCAGAAUACCCUCCAACGCUCCUUAGAACUAUUGUACUUAAAUUUAAGAAGUCUGAGAGAAACUCUGAUGUCAGGAAACAUUUCAGAAAUACAUCAGAGAAAAAGAAGAGAAAACCUUUACCCCACACAGACCUGGAAAACAAAUGAUUUGCUGCAAAAUUUCACACAGCUACUACUUGUACAAAAACCUUGCCCAAGAGGCUGGGAGACCUUGGUAUGGGAAAGAUGGCAUAAAUAUAAAAGAGAGAAAAGAGGGCAUCUGAUUGAGAUCCAAAACUUAUUUUGUCCAAGCCCGGAUACCCAGAAAGAGCCUCAACUUGUUGUAUUAGAGGGGGUGGCUGGAUCUGGAAAGUCAACACUGGCCAGAGAGGUAAGGAGAGCAUGGGAGGAAGGUCAGCUCUACAGGGAUCACUUCCAGCAUGUCUUCUACUUCAGCUGCAGAGAGCUGGCCCAGUGCAAGCAGCUGAGUCUGGUUGAGCUCAUAGAAAAAGACCAGACUGAGCCUGCAGCUCCCAUCAGGGAGAUCCUGUCUCACCAUGAGAAGCUGCUCUUCAUCCUGGAUGGCAUAGAUGAGCCAAAAUGGGUCUUGGAAGAUAAGAAUCCCAAGUUCUGCCUGCACUGGAGCCAGACACAACCUGUGCACACACUGCUGGGCAGUUUGCUGGGGAAAUCUGUCCUGCCGCAGGCUUCCUUGCUGCUCACAGCUCGAACCAAAGUUCUGAAGAAGCUCGUUCCUUCCUUGAGGCAGCCACGUUGGGUGGAAGUCCUGGGCUUCUCUGAGUCUGGACGGAAGGAAUACAUCUACAAAUAUUUCAGAGAGAAAAGAGAAGCAAUUGCAGCUUUUAACUUGGUUAAAUCAAACCCGGUGCUCUCAACACUGUGUGAGGUACCCUGGGUGUCCUGGCUGGUCUGCACCUGCCUGAAGCAGCAGAUGGAUCGGGGAGAAGACCUCUCACUGACCUCACAGACCACCACAGAGCUCCACCUGAAAUACCUUUCCCAGGCUCUCUCAGGUCAUGCCCUGGGGAACCAGCUCAGAGCACUCUGCUCACUGGCUGCUGAGGGAAUCUGCCAAAGAAGGACCCUGUUCAGUGAGAGAGAUUUUUGGAUCCAAGGAUUGGAUGAUAAUGACAUUGCCACUUUCCUGAAGAUUGGCAUCCUUCAAAAGCAUCCUGUAUCUCUGAGUUACAGCUUUGCCCACUUGUAUCUCCAGGAGUUCUUUACAGCAAUGUCCUACGUCUUGAAGAAUAAUGUGAUAAUAUAUGAUCAUAAGAAUGCCUACAGAAUUAUAAGAGCACUAAAGAAAGUCUAUGGAAGACAUGACCUGUUUGAGGCACCCACUGUGCACUUCCUAUAUGGUCUUUUAAGUAAAAGAGGAAUGAGAGAAAUAGAGAUGAUCUUUGCCUGCAGUUUGCUUCAGGAGCCAAGGUUGUACAUACAUCGGUACAUUCUAGAGGAAACCCAACACCAUCAACCAGAUACUCUGGGUUUACUCCAUUGUCUGUAUGAGACUCGGGAUGGAGACCUCCUGACAGAUGGAAUGCACAUUUUUCAGGGAACAAUGCUGCCUGCCUCAGUGGAUAUGCUACUCCCAGUGUUCCAGAAAAGCAUUAACCACCUGGUGGUCCAGACAGACGUGGAACUUAUGGUGGUCACUUUCUGCAUUAAGUUCUGCCACCAUGUGAAAAGGCUUCAGCUGAACGCUUGUGGACAACAGGGACACAUGCUAGCAGUACCAAGUAUGGUUCUGUCCAGGUGGACUCCGAUCACUAAUUCCACUUGGCAGAUAUUCUUCUCCACUCUUGAGUUCACAGGAAGUCUGGAGGUGCUCGACCUAAGUCAAAAUCCACUGAGCUACUGUGCAGUGCAGAGCCUCUGUAGGACACUGAGAUGCCCUGGAUGCCAACUAAGGACAUUGUGGCUUGUCAACUGUGGCCUCACAUCCAGAUGCUGUAAGGACCUGGCCCCAGUGCUCAGUGCCAGCUCCAGCCUGACUGAGCUAGACCUGCAGCUGAAUGACCUGGGAGACCUUGGUGUGAGGCUGCUCUGUAAGGGCCUCAGGAAUCCUGCGUGCAAACUCAGAAUCCUGCAGCUGGACCUGGCCCCACUCAGUGACCCAGUGAUUAAGGAGCUCAGGGCCCUGGAGGCAAAGAAUCCUCAACUGCUCAUCUCCAGCACAUGGAAACCACAUGUGAUGAUCCCUACGAAGAACCCGGAAGGAAAAGGAAUGGGUAACAGAGUGACCUCAUUCAAGCAACAGAGACCACAAUCAGAUCACAGACACAUGGAAGCACAGGGUACUGAAGAUGACUUUUGGGGCCCUACAGGACCUGUGGCCACAGAGGUGAUUGACAGAGAAAGGAAUCUGUACAGAGUUCAGUUCCCUGUAGCUGGUUACUACCACUGUCCCAACAUAGGACUCCACUUUGUGGUAACAAGGGAAGCAACCAUCGAAAUUGGAUUCUGUGCCUGGAGCCAACACCUGGACAAGAGUCCCUUGCAGGACAGUCACAUGGUGGCUGGGCCUCUGUUUGACAUCAAGACUGAGCGGGGAGCUGUGGCUGCUGUGUACCUCCCUCACUUUGUGGAUCUCCAAGAGGGACAGGUGGACAUCUCUUGGUUCCAUGUGGCCCACUUUCAAGAACAUGGGAUAGUCCUAGAAGUGCCAGCCAGAGUGGAACAGUGCUACACAGUCUUGGAAAACCCAAGCUUCUCUCCAAUGGGAGUUCUACUGAGAAUUAUGCCUGCUGUCAGACAUUUCAUCCCCAUCACUUCUGUUACCUUGAUCUACUAUUACCUCAAUCUCAAGGAAGUCACCCUUCAUCUCUACCUGAUCCCCAAUGACUGGACCAUUCAGAAGGCCAUUGAUGAACAAGAAAUGAGGUUUCAGUUUGUUCAAAUACGCAAGCCACCCCCAGUAGACUCUCUUUACAUUGGAUCACGGUACAUAGUGUCUGCUUCCAAGAAUCUGGAAAUCAUUCCAAAGGAACUGGAGCUGUGCUACCGGAGCCCCAGGGAAUCCCAGCUCUUCUCUGAAAUCUAUGUUGGCCGCAUGGGUUCAGGGAUUAAACUGCAAAUCACAGACAAGAAGAAUGGGAAUCUCAAAUGGGAAGCCUUGCUGAAACCAGGAGACCUCAGGCCUGCACAGCCCAUAAUCCCUACACCUCACAAAGAUGCUCCUACCUUGCCACACUUUGUGGACCAGCAUCGGGAGCAGCUGGUGGCCCGAGUGACAUCAGUGGACCCUCUCUUGGACAAGCUGCUGCAUGGUCUGGUACUGAGUGAAGAGGAGUAUGAGGAGGUGCGAGCUGAAUCCACCACUCAAAAGAAGAUGCGGAAGCUCUUCAGCUCUAGCCGGUCCUGGACCAGGGUCUGCAAAGAGCAAGUCUACCAAGCUCUGAAGGAGACACAUCCUCACUUGAUCAUGGAACUCCUUGAGCAGUCAGGAGGUGUCUCUGUGGGAUCCUGACAUCUUAGCGGCUGAGGGGUGAGAACUCUUCUUUGAUUCCUGACUCUUCCUGAUCAUCCUUUGGCCCCCAGUUUCUCCAUUUAUAAACCAGUGGCCAUCUGAAUUGCCCUUCAAAUGGCAAUGUUUCCAGGACACCUCUUGGGGACCCAGAUGUCCCUCUUGGCUCUCCCCAUUCUGUUCAUAUGGGAUGUGCAUCUCAGGAAACUUCCAGUGGAGCCAGCAAGUCUAUUCAGCCUUGUCCAGCUGGCUUUCAUGGCCUGAGUGUCCAGUCUCAAAACCACCUGGCCAACCAUGAUACAAGCAGAACUGGGAGCAUGGGAAUGGAGGCAAUGAGAUGGUGCUUUCCCUGGAAAGUGAAUUCUUAUGAAUAGGAAAGGAAGGGGGCUUCUUAAAUAUUUCCCACCCUCAGUUUUUGUUGUCUUUAUUGAUUCUAUUUCUAUUUUCAUGUCUUGAACAACUUUAUAAAUUUUCUUCCUCUGUUUCUUUGUAUUUUUAAAUUUUUUAUUGUUUUUUUUAUUGAGCUCUACAUUUU